CCAGUCAAAUCAAUUAUCCAAGCAAUCUUUUCCAAUGUAAUCCAGUCUAGUCCAGUCCAGUCUAGUCCAGCCUAGUCCAGUCAAAUCAAUUAUCCAAGCAGUCUUUUCCAAUGUAAUCCAGUCUAGUCCAGUCAAAUCAAUUAUCCAAGCAGUCUUUUCUAAUGUAAUCCAGUCUAAUCCACUCAAUCCACAUAGUCACAGCACAAUUGCAGUUAGAAUCAAUUUUAAUGAGAGAUUUGCAGAUGAAUCAAAACUGUGUGAAAGCAGGUUCUAUGUCAGGAAACAACAAGCAGGACACACAGGACAUGUCAGGAGAACAGGACAAAAUUCUCCUGUCCAAGAACUAAGGAACAUGAAGGUGUAAAUAUGCAAACUAAUUAAGAGACAAACUGAAAACAGAGAGAGAGGUUGCAGGGCAUGGCAUUCAGGCCAAAAUCUGGUGGUGGAGCCUCAGGUCCUUAACAUACCUGACAUAUUGAUCAUCAUCUCAACAUAAGCAGCAUGUUUUAUUUAUUUAUUUUUUUAUUGUUUAUGUUUUUAUAUUGUUAAAUCUGACCUACUUAAUUUUUCUAGGGUUUCAUAUGUUUGCUUUCUCCAAGGUCUGAAAAUCUCCUGAGCCAUUCACAAGACACACAUGUUGCUCAACUGAACACUGCUUUAUUACCAUUUGCGCUUUAUUACCAUUGAUGCAAUUCCAAAAAAGACAUACUUCAUUUUCAUUCAUUCAUGCACAAGCAACAUUUAUGUAUGGUAAAGUACCUAAAUGAUGUGUUCCAAGCAUAUUUAUGAAAACAUUUAAAAUAAUUAAAUAUAUUUAGAGUAUUUAGAAUUAAUGAUAAGGAAUGUGCAAUUGUGUCCUUGUGCAAUUGUACAUUUACACACUGCAGCCUCGUGUGUGUUCACAGUUCUGUGGAUUAUGCUGGCGGGGGACAUGAGGGUGUUUGUCUACCUGAGAAGGGGGUGGAAUGAGUGGUGGGCAGGAGGAAAGGGUGUGAUGAAGGCCACAGCUCUAGGAUAGAAACUCUUGGUGCUGGACCUGAUUGCCUUGAAACAUUUUCCAGAUGGAAGCAGUUCGAACAAUGAAUUGCCUGGAUGAGUCUUAUCCAUGCUAAUGCUGGUGGCCUUCUUCUUCAGUCUGCAGGCAUAGUCAGUAAAGUUAGCUUAGGUGGUUCAAGCCCAAUGAUAUGCUGGGCUGACUUUAUAGUUACAGAGUUAGUGAGGAUGCAUAUGAUGGUGCUUCUGUAAAAAUUGAGCAUCAGUUUGUGAGCUGUGCCUUCUUCGACUUCUUGAGGAAGAAGAGUUUGGCAAGUCUUAUUACAGAAGCAUCCAUUGUACUGCUUCUAAAGUUAAAGUUCAAGUCAAGGACAGGUAGACUGUUGUUAUUAGUGUAGUAGUGUUGUUCCUGUGGGACAAAUGUAGAUAAAUUGUCUGAGAGAAUCCAUUUAUUGUUAAGGCACAUUGAUAAAUGUUUGGACAUCAGGUUCAUUCCAUGUCAAAACUAAACUUGUAAUUCAAAAUGCAUUAAUCAGCCAUGAGUUUAGAAUAAUUUAUAUAGAAUAGGGAUGGUGACUCAUACCCAUGAUGUCUCAACACCAAAUGAGAAUGUUUCAAAGUGUAAAAUGUUAAAAAAAAAAAAAAGCAAACAUGAUAGGAAUAAUAUGCCCAUUUUCAUAUAUGCUUUAUAUUAAAGUUGAAUUAUAAUGGGAAAAGUAGAAUAAAAUUGCAUCUGGGAAAGUCCCAAACUUUCCAAGAAAGAAAUCUGCAUUCAUUCAGUCUAAAGAUUUGCCUUUUUCUUUCUUUAGACUGAACAAGGCUGAUCAAUGUGGUGAUUGAAGACUGAAAUAUACAUUAUAGGAAGAUCCUUUUAUUUUAUUUUUCAUCAAAUGUGUUAAAAGAGGACUUUACAAAUUUGGGGUGUGGGCCUAACAGAUGAGACCAAGCUAGGAGUAAGAUACAGACUUGCACAAUGAUUGCAUAUGAAAACACAUGAAAAUAAAUUACUAUUAAAAUGAUUCAACGUAACAUGGAGCUGAUUUAAUGAUGCUAAGAUGUGGAAAAAAAAAAGAAACCUGAAGCAUGGUGUAAAACUUUUUUCCGUCAGCAGUCACUUUGACAUUAUCAGUAAAGAAUAACACCUCAUAUCUCUUUAGCCUACAAACCUGUAUAAACAUCAGUGAUGAAGAUAGACUGUCUUGUGUGUACCCACUCACACAUAUAUUCUCAGACAUAUUUACACACAUGCACUUAUACAAAGGCUUCAACCUACCAACUGAUGUGUUUUUCUCCUUCUCCUAUAAAGAUAUAAAGUUAGUUCUUAUUGUGCAAUAACCACAAUCAUCCCAUCAUCUGCAUUCUGAUUAUUCUUCCUCAUCUCUGAUGCUACCAUCAACCAGACACUUUUAUGGCUUUAUGAUUUAACCUUCAUUUCAUUUAGAGAGGCCGAGCUCUAUCUGAAUGGACACAGCAUCCUGAAAACCUCAAUUAUUCUGAAUCAUUUCACUAAAGGGAGCUGAUGCCGCCUUCCCGUUGUCGUUUGCACUGAAGGCAAUUAAGGCCGGACCGGGUUGCACAAAUGUCAUCCUGUUCCAUUACUGCUGCCUGAGCAGCCACUCGGUCCGCUUCAACAUCAAAUCAAGCCAAGCCCAUCAACACACCUACCAGCCACCUUUCCACACAGACCUACUGUACACCCCCAGCUUUCCACUGGCUUGACAUCAUUUUGUUGUUUUUGCCUUCACAAAAUUUCUCUCUCUCUCCCUCUCUUUCUCUCUCUCUCUCUCUCUCUCUCUCUCUCUCUCUCUCUCUCUCUCUCUCUCUCUCUCUCUCUCUCUCUCUCUCUCUCUCUCUCUCUCUCUCUGAUUAAGGUAUAUUUAGAAACAGUAUCACUUUGGAUUAUAUCCGUCAACAUCUCUACGUAUGGGUUGAAUAGAUGACCAGCAACCAGGGACAUUUACGAGUCUUUCUCAUCUCCAGUACAAGCAAGGAUGAAGCCCAUUUCUGUGUUUGACUGCAUCUCCUUAACCGUGUAUUCCUUCACCUUCCUGCUCGGCCUCCCUGCUAACCUCCUCGUCCUCUUUGUCUAUGUGCGUAAAGCUCAAAAACAUGGCGCUACACCUAAUGUGGUCUAUACUAUCAACCUGUGCUUAUCCAAUUUGGUCCUGGUUGCCUGGAUGCCUGUAAAAUCUGCCUACACAGUUCUUGAUAUAUGGAUCCUACCAGAGUUGCUCUGUCCGAUUUACAACUUCUUUGUUGUGGCCUCGCUUUAUGGCAGUGGACUCCUGCUGACAGCUGUGGCUGUUGGACGUUAUCUGAGUAUUGCUUUUCCCAUCAGCUAUAAACUUUAUCGCCGUGCUCGUACAUCCUGCAUGAUCAGCGCUCUGUUGUGGGCUAUAGUGCUUUUGCAUCUCAGCUUAGCUUUGGUAGCAGAGAAAGGGGCCUACUUUGUGUCUCCGUUCAUGCCAAACACUUCAAAGUGCUAUGAGAACUUUACGCGGGAGCAGUUGGACGUGCUGUUGCCACUGCGCCUUGAAAUGGCAGUACUGCUGUUUGCCGUGCCACUCCUGCUAUCUGUGUUCUGCACACUGCGCUGUCUAGCGUUGGUCAAACGUUCAUGCCUUUCGGCUGGCAGCAAACGCCGCAUCCUGGCUAUGGAACUAUCAGCGCUCAUGGUCUUUGUGGUAUGCUACACACCGUACAACGUAUCUCACGUGGUUGGUUUCAUCACGGACAGCAACAUGCACUGGAGGCGUGAGGCCAUUGUCUCCAGCUGCUGCAAUGUCUUCCUGGAGCCUGUGGUGAUGCUGAUGCUGUCGCCCUCAAGGCCGAAGGACCUGCUCUGCAAAGUGUGCUCGAAGCAGAACCCCAAACAACACCAGGUGAAGGAAACUCUGCAAAGAGCGACGACAUCAGUCAAAGGACAGUUAGAUCCUGAAUCUGUGAAAGCAACUUGAUAAUAAAAAAAUUAAAGCCGAGCUUCGCAAAGGUAACCGAGUUACUCUUCCUAAAUUCAACAAAGAUUUGAGGUGGAUAGGAGACAUACUGGAAUAUCAUGCACCAAAACAUAUAUGCUUAUGGAACUUUAAAAAUGUAUUAUAGAUCCACAAAACAAAGAGAGUAAGUAUUUAUAAAAGGUGCUUUUAAUAUUAGAUUAAUACCAAAGCUUAUUAGGUCUAUUUGAUGGCCUGUACAUAGUCUUAUGCACAUAACAAGUCUCUAAAAGGAUCUGAAAAACUGUGCAACAAUAAAAACAAUAACACAUUUAUACUGCUAUAAAUGUAUAUUUAUAUUGCGGUACAUUGAUCCUGUAUCAUUACAGUGUGGGAAAGAGAUAAUAUCAUGAGCAAUGUAAGAUAUACAGCAGAAAUGUUUAUUUUAACACAAUGUGUCACAAUUAUUAAUGCUUAAUAAUUGCACUAUCUGUUGUUACCCAGAUGGGGACGACUUCCAUUUACAGUCGUCUCAUGUACCUUUUUCUUGCCAGUGUCGCCUCCAGCUUUCUCAGGAGAGAUCAAUUUAAAUGUAAAUUUUUGUAAAGCUGCUUUGUGACAAUGUUCACUGUUAACACAAUAUAGAAAUAAAACUGAAUUGUCCUGAAAUGAAUGGAGAAAAAAACAAAUCAGUUGAACACAAUUCCCCCCAAAAUAAAAUAAAAUCUAGGGGUACAGCAGAACAGCCAUGAAGAGACUGAAAAUUAUAUUCAAGACAUGAAUGAACAAGAAGUCCUGUAAUUUAAAUCGCCUAAAUAAAUCAGCGGACUGUGGACAUUAAAUACUCUCAAGAAAUGAGAGAAAUAUAUUGCACAAUCCUGCUUGAAAGCGCAGAAUUUUGAAAUCUGUUUUUAUUGUAUAGAGAUAAUGAUUACACUUUAUCUGUUGAUAACUGUUGUCUGCACUGAGGUGGCAAUUACACUGUUUUCACCCUAAGGUUUAUUAAUUUAGUGUUAUUGUGUUUUUGUGUUAGCUCAGAACAUUCGGUGAUGUUUAAUCGUGUUCAUAUCUACAAUUUAAUAUACAGACUUCAAUUGAAUGUCUCUGAAUUGUGAAAAUCCACUUGUAAAAGCUGAUUAAUGAGCGUUUGGAAGUUUCCAGUUCCUGUUUUAUCUAAUGAUCAUUAAUGGUCUGUUCUUUGAAAGUGUUAUUAUUGUUGUUAAGUGUUAUAAUAAUAGUCCAUUAA